AUGUCGGAGCGAGCGGAGCGAUUGUCUGGACUUCAAAAUGGCGCUGUGGGCUCUAUUGCUGGUAUGAUUGAAGUGAUCUUGCAGCAGCCGACUGUGGCCAUGAAAAAUGCGGUGCAGCAGGGCCGUCCCAUCCAGUGGUCCCCACCGCAGCUCUACCGAGGAGUGGGCGUCUCGCUGGCCUCCAUAGCGCCCGUAAGUGCCCUUCAGUUUGCAGUAAAUGGCCAGUUGCUGCGGGAUUUCGCGACAUCAGGAACAACUCCCUCGGACCAAAUUAAAGUGUUAUGUGGUAUCUUGUCGGGCAUCUCAUCAGCGGCGGUUAGUGCACCAGCGGAACUUGUCAUGACGCUUCAGCAGAACAAUGGGAAGAGCUUCAGCUCUACCGUAAAAGAUGUUGUUCGAGCACAUGGCGUAACGCGACUAAUGAGAGGCUUUACAGCGACAGCUACGCGAGACGCCAUGUGGUGUGCUGGGUAUUUGGCGCUGGGUCCAGUAUUGACGCGUGAGAUGCACAUACUAAGUCCCGCCACCUUUGGGCAUGUGGACACUGCUACCAAGUCACAGAAGGCGUUGGCAUCGCUUGUCGGUUGCAUUGCUGCUGGUCUUCUUGCUGUGGUGGCUACUCAGCCCGUGGACACAGUUAAGACCGUCAUGCAAGGAGAGGCCUUGGCGUUGACUACGGGGUAUGCACCCAGCACUCUUGCCAGUGCCACGAGCAUCUACCAAAAAGGAGGCUUGCCACGGUUUUAUCGUGGCAUUUUUCCAAGAGGAUGCCGCCUGGUCGGUGCCGUUUUCAUCUUAGGCCAGUCGCGUAUCUGGCUCGAGAAGAGUUUUGAGGAGCAUGCGCUGCUUAAGUUCUAA